CUCUACAGUACACCUCUCUGAUUACAGCAGAUGAUACAGGGCUACCACUCAACACAAUGAGAUUUCAGGGAGGCCAUAGAAUCAGAGUUACAGAUACUUCGUGGAGACAACUGUCGGAUGGCAAUGAUGAGUUUCCCCUCCAACUGGAUGCCUUCAGCCCCACGCAUAGACGGAGAGAUACCUGACGCAGGAAUCAGUAUCAAAGAAGAGGUCACUGAAGACAUCACGGAGGAGAACUCUGUAGAAAUAAAGGAAGAACCACUUGAUUAUGCGGAUGAAUCAAGGGAUAAAGAGAUUAAGCCAAAAAUUAAAUGUGAAUUUCCUUUCUUUGAAGAUGUUCAAAAUGUCAAAUAUGAAGCAAAAGAAAAAAAAUCAUAUACUAUGAUUCAGGAUUCUCAUGCCAUGUUACCAACAGCACCAUUUAUUGUUGAAGAAUAUGGGAACAAGUGCUCAUCUGUUGGUGAUGAGGCAACACAUGAGGAAGAUCAUGAGGUUACUCAUCGAAAAGCAGUUGAAAAAAGGAAACGUUUUGCUUGUGAGGUGUGUGGCAAGAAAUUCACUGGUAAGAGUAAUCUUUUGAUUCAUAUGAGAGUACACACAAAGGAGAAGCCAUAUAGCUGCGAGAUUUGCAGUAAGGCCUUCUCACAAAAAAUUAAUCUAGAAAGGCACAUGAAAGUUCAUACACAGGAGAGGCCAUAUAUCUGUGAGAUUUGCAAUAAGGCCUUCUCACUGAAAAGUCACCUAAUAUACCAUAUGAGAGUACAUACAAAGGAGAAGCCAUAUAGCUGUGAGAUUUGCAGUAAGGCCUUCAUACAGAAAAGUAUUCUUGUAGGACACAUGAGAAUACAUACAGAGGAGAAGCCAUAUAUCUGUGACAUUUGUGAGAAAGCUUUUUCAAUGAAAAAUAAUUUAGUAAAACACAAGCGCAUACACACAAAGGAGAAGCCAUAUACCUGUGAGAUUUGUUGUAAAGCCUUCUCAUUGAGAAGUAAUCUAGUGAAGCAUGUGCGAGUACAUACAAAGGAAAAACCCUAUAGGUGUGAUAGUUGCGAUAAGACCUUCUCAGCGAAAAUUAUUCUCGUCAGGCACAAGAGGUUACAUACAAAAGUGAAUCCAUAUGGCUGUAAGGUUUGCCGGGAGUCAUUCUCUUCAAAAAAUGAUCUUGUAAGUCACUUACAAAUCCAUUUGAAGUAGAACUAUAUAGGCAGUCACUUAGAAAAAAAUUAUACGAGUGCAUAGAGUAUACAGGUUUUAUAUUUGUGCCUUUGUAGGUAUCUGUUAACUCAGAGAAGCAAUUUAGUGAGACAUGAAACUACAAGGAUUUCUGCAAGGAACAUACAUCCUGUUGACAUUAUUGGGGAGAAAUUAUUCUAGGUUAUGGAGAUUCAUAUUUUCUUGAACAUAUAUAUUGUAAAUAAUAUUCUCAAAGUGUAGGUCUCUAGUGGAUUAAACUUCCAUUUGUUGUAA